AUGUCGUUUUGGCCGUGCAACUCGUCGAGCAACGAGGGCUUGGUCAAGAACUUGAAGCGCACGGGCGUCAUCAGCUCGGACGCUGUGUUCGAUGCGAUGGUCAAGACGGAUCGGGCCAAGUACCUGGCGCAGAUCGAGACGCCCGACGGAGGCCACGUGGGCGAGUUGCAAGCGUACCAAGACGUCCCGCACCCGAUCGGCUACCACCAGACCAUCUCAGCUCCCCACAUGCACGGCCACGCCAUGGAACUCGGCUACGCGGCGAUCAAGGACGUGAAGAACCCACGGAUCCUGGACGUUGGAGCUGGCUCGGGCUAUUUGACGGCGUGUCUGGGUCGCAUGGUGGAAGACAGAGGCGGCCACGUGUUCGGACUGGAGAUCGUCCCGGGGCUCGUGCAGUUCGCCAAGAAGAACAUCCAGAUGGCCGACGGCGACCUGAUGGAUCGAGGGAUCGUGUCCGUGCGCUACCACAACGGGUGGGACGGACUGCCGAACGAAGCUCCGUUCCACUACAUCCACGUGGGCGCUGCAGCCGAAUCCCCGCCUCAGAACCUCAUGGAGCAGCUCGCGGACGGCGGACGCCUCGUGCUGCCGCUGGACGAGCCGCGCGGCGGCCAGAUCUUCGUGGAGAUCAUGCGACAUGGCAUCAACUUCUCGCAGCGCCGACUGUUUGGCGUCUGCUACGUGCCGCUCGUGAGAGAGCGCAAGCUCAGCUGA